AUGAAUUAUAAUUUAGCAAUCUAUACCAUUGUUACUACAUGGUUACUAUCUAUACCUUAUAUAGAUUGUGCUGGUAUACUAUGGAAUGGUAAUGCACCCACCACAACAACGAAAGAUAUAAGAACGACAACUAAAGCGUCAAGACCAAUUACUGAAAAACAAGGACCAUUUUUCAUUAAUAAUUAUGAUAUAGGUAUGAGGGGACGUAUGCGUUAUAAUCCCGUAAAUGAACCUAAACUAAUUUGUACACAAAACGAUGGAAUCAUCAAAUGUUAUUAUGUAAAUAAAGGUACUAGUAUUCAACGUUCCAAUGGAAAGAAAUUAUUGUGGUUACUUUUAAUAUUGAAUUUUCUAUAUUUACUAAUCUUAAAAUAUUGA